AUGGUGGCUACAAGGAGUUCGGAUCGAAAAGUGCGGAGUCCUAAGAAGCGGAAUGAUGUUAAAGUAGUCGUACCCCGUCCGACUUCUCCAGACAUAAGACGUGGACAUUUGCUUGAUACGAAUGAUGGACAGCUCGAUGUCAGUGCGAAUCUGCUACAAGAAUCGAUGGAUCCAAAGGUCUCAGCAGAGGGGCCGAUGACUGCACAGAACGUUGCACUCGAGCGGUCCGGAACUCUGGAAGCUGAGGACUUGGAUUCCGAACGAGAAGAGCUAGCAGCAGCGAACAGAAGACUGGACAGCCCGUCUUCUGAAGAUGAAGACAGCGACGACAAUGGUCCAGAGGAGGCAACCACAGGAGCUAUGCAGGACAGAGUCGGCGCUGCGACUGCGCAAGCGGUGGAGGCUGCAUUGAAGAAGGAGGAGGCUAUCCGAGCCAAAAGGAAAGCACACGAUGAGAAGAUGAAGGCUCAGGUGAAACGUGCAAAGAGAGAUGUGAAGGACGAGAAGCAUGUCGAGAAUGACGAAGGCGAGAUGUCAAAUGAUGAAGGCAAGAAGGAAGAUCCAACUACGGCGUCAUCGCCACCCUUUCUGCCGCAGGAACUUCUUGACGAGGAGCCUACAGUGCGCCUGCCCACGCCAGACUUUAUCCCUGUCUCGCCCAAGAGCUCGAAGAAGAAGGUCUUGCUUGACAGGGAGAGGCCGCCAAGGGACAUCAUCCGGGGCAACACGAGAAUAAGGGUUCUGCCACAGGAGAGUUCGCUCUUGCCACCCAAAAGCAAGUCAAAUGGCAGACAGAUCAGGGAGAAGUGGCUAAUGGGACAGCGAGGGUCAAACCCAUCGAUGUGGGUACCUCGCUCGAAGCCAAUGAGCGGAUUCUUGCGGAAAGCCAAGUGA